UGGUACAGUCUGCCCAGUUGUCGACGGCGACACAGUGAGGCGGUGUUAAAGCUGUCUGUGUUCAAUUGUUCCCUUUAUUUUAAUCGUUAAAAAGUCGGGAAAAUCUAUUCUGGAAAUAAAACAAUGGCUUCUACAGAUGUAGCUCGGCAGCCGGAUAACGGAGUUCGGCCUCUGUCCCUGGCAGGACAUGUGGGCUUUGACAGCCUACCAGAUCAGCUUGUCAAUAAAUCAACCUACCAAGGCUUCUGCUUCAAUAUUCUCUGCAUCGGUGAAACAGGUAUUGGCAAGUCUACUCUGAUGGACACUCUGUUCAAUACCAACUUUGAGAACUUUGAGUCCUCCCACUUUGAGCCUCAGGUGAAGCUGCGAGCUCAGACCUACGACCUACAGGAGAGUAAUGUCAGACUGCGCCUCACUGUGGUCAACACUGUGGGAUUUGGGGAUCAGAUGAACAAACAAGAAAGCUACCAGCCGGUGGUCGAUUAUAUUGACAGACAGUUUGAGAGUUACCUGCAGGAGGAGCUGAAAAUCAAGCGCUCUCUUCACAACUAUCAUGACUCGCGAGUCCACGCGUGCCUUUAUUUCAUCUCCCCCUCAGGUCAUUCACUCAAAUCCCUGGACCUGGUCACCAUGAAGAAACUAGACAGCAAAGUGAAUAUUAUACCGGUGAUUGCCAAAGCUGACACCAUCAGCAAGUCAGAGCUGCACAAGUUCAAGAUCAAAAUCAUGAGCGAGCUGGUCAGCAAUGGGGUCCAGAUCUACCAGUUUCCCCUGGAUGAUGAAACUGUAGCCAAGGUCAACACUACAAUGAAUGGUCAUUUGCCGUUUGCAGUUGUCGGCAGCACAGAGGAAGUUAGCGUCGGGAAUAAAAUGGUGAAGGCUCGUCAGUAUCCUUGGGGAGUGGUUCAAGUUGAGAAUGAGAACCACUGUGACUUUAUUAAACUGAGGGAGAUGCUCAUCUGUGUAAACAUGGAAGACCUCAGAGAGCAAACACACACUCGCCAUUACGAGCUCUACAGACGAUGCAAACUAGAGGAAAUGGGCUUCAAAGACACUGACCCAGAGUGCAAACCUGUCAGCCUGCAGCAGACCUAUGAAGCCAAACGUCAGGAGUUCCUGGUGGAGCUGCAGAAGAGAGAGGACGAGAUGAGACAGAUGUUUGUGCAGAGGGUGAAAGAGAAGGAGGCCGAGCUGAAGGAAGCUGAGAGAGAGCUGCAAAGUCGCUUUGAGCAGCUGAAGCGCCUCCAUGCAGACGAGAAAGCCGCUCUGGAGGAAAAGAAGAGACUCCUGGAUGACGACCAGAGUUCCUUCGGCAAGAGGCGAGCUGCCGCCCAGCUCCUGCAGGCCCAGAGCCUCACUGCCAACGGCAAGAAGGACAAGGACCGCAAGAAUUCUGGCUUCAUGUGAAGACUUUGGGAUUUGAAGCAUGCCUCCAGUUUGUCCAGUGUAACCAGUGACUUUCUUCCCAUACCCCCCCCCCCCCUCCACAUUGCCCUUUGUGGCCAGUCUCAAACACUAACGGGGCACCCCACACAGUGUGUAUGUGUAUGUGUGUGUGUCCGAGUUUGAUCAUUUGCCAAAGUUUAAUAUCAUGAAUCCUGUGUACACUUUCCUCAGUGGUAUUUUUAAUCUUCUUUAUGGCUUUUAUAUAUCUGUGUCAUGUUUUAUAUUUAUCCUUUCAUUAUUAUGUAACACCUUUAUUUGUCAGAUACUAUCAUCUUAUUUUUUUUUAAACCUCAGUGUAUUGAUCCUCACAGCGUCCUCACUCGGUGAACAAAAGGGCUCAGACAGGUACAAACAUUAUGAGGGACUUGUGUUGCAUUGAAUGGCAGCAAUAUAUUCAGUAUAUAAUGUAGACACUCUGAAUGCAUACACACUUCUAACUGUUCAUGAGACAGUCAAACAUCUGUAACAUGCUUUAAAUUCAAUUUAAACCCCCAUUCAGACCCAUUCAGACACAUUCAUGAUUCAAUUUCAGUUUCAGAAUCUUAACAAAUGCUCAAGUCUCUCUGAAAAAGAGGGUAAAACAAAUGUCUGGCACGGCCACAUUUGUAAUCAGAACAUGAGUGCCAUCAUUUUUUAUUCAUGGCAGACACCUCCGACACAACAAGCCACAACACAACAGAUUAUUUGUAACCGCCUUUCAGCUUUAACAGAUGGUAACUAAUAGGAAGCAGGAGUUGAUGUUCUAUUAAUAAUCUCCAUUAAUUUCCAUAAACUUAUCAGGAAAUCCACAGAGCAGGUUAGACCUAGUGAGAAGCAGAGAGGAGGUCAUUAAGAGCCUCAGAGAUAAACGAAUCAACAAUUCAUCCCUUUUUAUUUAUUCAACUCACAGCUGUUUUGGAGCGGAGCUGUUGCAGCGAGGACAAAUAAAUUACAAAGAACUGGUGCUAAAAUCCAGAAAUGUUACAGGAACCGUGUCUGAGAGGGGGCUGAGGAGGUGAUUUGUGAAGGCAGACGUGUUACAGUCACCUUGAGGAGUUUUUUAAUAAGCAUUAAGUAUAGUUAUAACGUGGCAUUAUAAGCUACCUUGUCUGUAUCAUAUAUGAAACAUUUCCUCUCCACUUUUUGAUGCUUUUAUCAAGAACACACCAGCAUUACAGAAACAUCCAGGAGCCAAUUUAAAACCUUCAAACUUCUAUGUGAUCACAGCUUCACAGUUUACUUUGACAAGGUACAUGUUAAAGCAUAUAUUCAUAUUUCUAUUUGUUUACUUGCUCUGUUAUAUUUAACACAAACUGUUAACCCUUUCAGUGCAGUUUUCUCUAAAAGAACUGACUUGUUGAAAUGAAAAGCAUUCUGUGAUUUUCAGUGUUUUUCGGGGACUACAGGAGGAGAGGGAAGAUGACUUAGUGAUUUUUUUGUCUUUCUUCACUGUCUCUGGAAAGAUGAUGACAUUGGGUUUCACUCCUCAAAGCAUUUUACAGAACAGUACAGACUCGACCAGAACACUGUGCUGCUGGUCUCCAGUAAAGUGUGAUGUUGUAAAUCAACACGUACUCACAAACACUGCCACUUUAUAUCCUCUCACUAGUGCUCACCACGUGUUAGUGCCUUAUCUGUGUGAACAAUACGACGACAAACACUAUCCACUUAAAAGUUUACAUCCAGGGAAACACACUGAUGCCUGUCGAAGUUAAGUUUGUUGAAGAUACUUUAGUACUUCUGCUUUCUGUAUUUAAGGACUAAACAGUGUUAUUUGGGAGCUUUUUAUUCACCCUUUCUAAAUAAAUCUUUGUAUUUUUGUCAUGAUAAACUCU